CUUUUCUGCAAGGCGGGCCAUUGUUGUUUGGCUAUCAACAAGUCAUUGUUUUUCGUCUCAUGCUUAAUCCCCCAUUUCCUGGGUCGACUUCGACUGUAUCAAACAAGACAGUUCCUGUGCGCAAGUCAUCAUCUGCACUAGGUCGGCACCAAGACGCCUGCGAUGCGGUUCCAGUUGUAUGUUUUUGCUGUCUGGCAACUCCUGGCAGCUGCAACUGCAGGGAAUGGACCUACGGUUGACCUACCGUAUGCCCGUUAUCAAGGGGUCUACAACUCGACGUCGAAUCUCAAUAUCUUCCGGGGCAUCCGCUACGCAGCUCCUCCAACAGGAAAGCUUCGAUGGCAACUACCCCAAGAACCGGAUAGCAGCAAAACGGCCGUCACGCCAGCCGUAUCUGACCCACCGCACUGUCCAUGGUCUCGUCGUUCUCUGCAGUACCCAAAGACAGAAGCUGAAGAGGUUUCCCUUAGAUCCUUCAACGUCACUGGAGACGAGGACUGUCUUUUCUUGAACGUGUUUGCGCCGGCCGACGCAGAAGACCUUCCCGUACUUGUAUGGAUCCACGGCGGCGGCUACAGUCUUGACGAGGCCGCGUCGUUCGACUUUUCCACGCAAAUGGGGACCAACAAUAACACUUAUCUCGCUGUUGUGAUUCAAUAUCGUCUCGGCGCCUUUGGCUUUCUGUCAUCAGCUGACGUCGUGGCUAAUGGGGUCGGCAAUGCCGGCUUGCAUGAUAUGGUCUUCGCGCUCCAGUGGGUGCAGAAGAACAUUUGUAAAUUUGGGGGCGACCCGGGUAAAGUGACGGUCGCAGGGCAAUCGGCUGGUGCUGGAGCGGCCUUAUUGCUGGCUACUACGGAUAUCACCGAUGGGCUCUUCAGUGGUAUAAUUGCGAGCAGCCCAUAUAUCACUACACAACCUCAGUUCGAUGGAUACCGGCCAACGAAGAACUACCAAAUGCUAGCGGAGCGUGUCAACUGCUCAUCCACCGACAGCUCCUCGUCUCUUUUUUCCUGUCUCCAGAACGUAGACUCGGUUUCUCUUCAAAACGCCAGCGACUGGGUGAGCACACAGGGUCGUUACGGACAAUGGGCAUGGGGCCCUGUUGCCGACGGGAAUCUCACCAAGGACACUUUUUCAAAUCGGCUAUCCCACGGGUUGAAGGGGUCCCGUUUGCUGACCAGUAACGUCGCAGACGAAGGCCCAUAUUUCACUCCGCAGAACAUCACCUCCCAGGCGGACUUUGUCUCGUUGUUGCAGUCCAACUACCCCAAGCUGACCGCUUCCAACAUUACGGAAAUACUAGCCACUUACGCCCAGAAACACGAGGACUUCCUCACGGCCAACUCAAAGGACGCAAAUAAUACGGACCCGGGCUUUGCAACGAACGGUCGGGAUGCACCCUAUGCUACCACUGUGUCCAACUAUGCCACAGGUUGGCAGCAAGUAGCCAACAAUUUCUAUGCCGAGGCCACAGUCAUAUGCCCCUCGCAUUGGGUUGCCGACGCAUACGCAGCGAAAGAGGGAGGCCGAGCAUGGCGUUACCAGUUCAGCAUACCACCCGCCUACCACGGCCUAGACGUGGGCUCCGGAUCCGGCUUCGACGUGCUCCUUGCGGAUGUCAACACUCCCAAUACGUCCAUAACUCUACCUCUCCGGCGCGGAUUGCAGACCGCUUGGGGAGACUUCAUCGUCAAUGGGGCGCCAACUCUAAGUGGUUCUGGUUCGUACGUGAGCGUCUGGCCGCAGUGGAGAAUGGGGGGGAACGGAGCCGCUUACAUGUUAAAUGUAAACGUGACAGGAGGAGUGCCAACGGAGAAGGAAUCUACAUUCGACGGCAUGGUCAAGUUGCAAAUCACCAGCUAUUUGCCUGGCGGCGCCAACGACCCACCUCUACAGGAUGCCUUGGACAUUGUGGACGGCGAAAAAUGGGAGGACGGCCGAGGGGAACGAUGCCGCAUGUUAGCGACACUAAGCCAUUGGAUCAACGAGUAG